AUGGAUUGUACCCCCGACCCGCCCAAAAGCUUCCCCCUUACGCCGAGGGCAUCCCCCCUUCCGCGCAAGAGCGUCCCCUUUCCGCCAAUCCCCCCAGAAGCAAGCCCCCCAGGGCUCCAGGGGGGACGCACCCGCGGAGUCUAUCAGCUGGGGGAGAGGAGGAGGCGGGAGAUGGAGAGGGGGGACGAGUGGGUACGGGGAGCACGCGCGGGGGGACUGGGGGGGAUGGAGCGGCGGACCUGGGGGGAGGCGGAGGAGGGGGGAUUGGCAGCCACCAAUGGGUUUGCGCCAGCUCAGCUCAUCGGGGAAGGCGGGUUUGGGAAGGUCUACCGGGGAAGCAUCAGGGCGGAGUUGCUCGAGAGAGGAGAGAGAGGAGCAAGAGGAGGGAGUGGGGAGAGAGGAGAGAGAGGAGCAAGAGGAGGGAGUGGGGAGAGAGGAGAGAGAGGAGGGACAGGAGAGAGAGGAGAGGGAGGUGGAGAGAGAGGGGACAUGGACCAAGGCGCAAUGGGGCAAGGUGGGGUGGGACAGGGUGCUAUGGGGCAAGGAGCAAUGGUGCAGGUGGCAGUGAAGCAGCUGAGGGAGGAGUCGAAGCAGGGAGCAGAGGAGUUUCUGAGGGAGGUGCUCGUGCUGGGGCGACUGAAUCACGCGCACCUGGUGCUGCUGUGGGGGUACUGCGUGGACGGAGGGGCGUUUCUCGUGUAUGAGCUCAUGGAGGGGGGAAGCCUUGACUAUGCGCUCAUUGACAGUGCCAAGGGCGAGCUACAUUUCAGCUGGCCCAUGCGCCUCAAGGUGGCAGUGGAGGUGGCAGAGGCAUUAGUAUACAUGCACCGCUGUAACUUCAUCCAUCGAGACAUCAAAGCUGCCAACGUGCUUCUCAAGCCGGACUACUCAGCAAAGCUGACGGACUUCGGCAUGGUGCGGGUGGGUCCCGGGGGUCAACUGCGGUCAAUCGUGUCUACGAGAGUCAUGGGCACCGAGGGUUACAUCGACCCCAGCUACCUUGAAACUGGCCACCUGGGAGCCAAGAGCGACGUCUACUCCUUCGGGGUGAUCCUCCUCGAACUCCUCACCGGGCAGCGCGUACUCGAAAAGGGUAACCAGCUGGUAACCGCGUGCCGGCAGCAGUUCCAGGACCUAGCCCUGCCCUCACGGCUCUACGCGGACCCUAAGUUACAUGGAGAGUACCCCGAGGUGGGGGCCAGGCAGCUGGCAACGCUGGCCAAGCACUGCCUGGCGGAGCAACGGCACGACCGGCCGGACAUGGUGACAGUUCUGCAGCAGCUGAAGGAGAUUGUGGGCAGGACCUAG